AUGAAGUUCUGCCUUGCUUCUUUCCUCCUGGCCACGGCCGCCAGCGCCCAUUACGUCUUCCCUUCUAUUAGCUACGACGGACAGAAGACUCAAGAUUGGGAAUAUGUGCGCAAAACCAACAACUUCCAGAGCAAUGGUCCUGUCACCAACGUUCAGAGCCCUGAGAUGACUUGCUACCAAACUACCAUGAACGCCGCCACCACCAAGACCAUGGCCGUCAAGGCCGGAUCAACCGUCAACUUCAACGCCCGCGCCAGCAUUUCCCACCCGGGCGCUCUCAACGUCUACAUGGCCAAAGCCCCGGCCGGAACCUCCAUCAACGACUUCGACGGAAAGGGCGCCGUAUGGUUCAAGAUUGCCCACGACGGUCCCAAUAUCUCCCCCGCCGGCCUCACCUGGCCCACUUCUGGUCUUCAAUCCGUCCCUAUUAAGCUUCCCUCGUGCCUCGAGGAUGGCGAGUACCUACUCCGUAUUGAGCACAUUGCCCUGCACAGCGCGGGUAGCGCUGGUGGGGCUCAGCUUUAUAUCUCGUGUGCGCAGCUUAAUGUUACCGGCGGUUCUGGGUCGAUUAAGGCGCCGCAGAUGCUUUCGUUCCCGGGAUCGUAUGUGCCGACGGACCCUGGUCUCAUGAUUAACAUUUAUUACCCUGUUCCUACUACAUACACUGCUCCCGGUGGCGGUGACGCGACCUGCUAA